UUGUGGUGGUGGCGCCCCACUCUGCCCAGCCCGUCUCGGGGUUUUCUGCAGGCUGGUGUGGAGAAGAGCUCCUCUGGGGGGCUUUCCUGCCCCUCGACACGGUUUUGGAGUUCGAGUAGCAGGAGCUAAUAACUCAUCACGCCGGCACUUUGGAGGUUGCCCCUCUGUCCGGGACUCUGAAGAAUACUUCAUCUGCGAAAGCUCAAAGUUGAACAGGGCAGUUUGGGUUUGAUGCUGCGCCAGGAAUCUUCUGACAAUGAGUUACUGGAACUUGGAGAAAAAGAACAGCGUGCAGUACCGCAGGCACUUCCUGGUGGACAACAGCCUGUUUCAUGUUGAAAGAUGCAUGAGUGUGAUGCAGUCGGGGACACAGAUGAUCAAACUGAAGCGCGGGACCAAAGGGCUCGUCCGGCUCUUUUACCUGGAUGAGCACCGGACUCGCCUCCGAUGGAGACCCUCUCGGAAGAGCGAGAAGGCAAAAAUUCUUAUUGACUCCAUUUACAAAGUCACUGAGGGCCGACAGUCUGAGAUAUUCCACAGACAGGCUGAGGGGAGCUUCGACCCCAGCUGCUGCUUCACCAUCUACCAUGGCAACCACAUGGAGUCCCUGGAUCUCAUCACCUCCAAUCCCGAGGAGGCCCGCACCUGGAUCACAGGCCUCAAGUACCUGAUGGCUGGCAUCAGUGACGAAGACUCUCUUGCUAAAAGGCAGAGGACCCACGACCAAUAUCCUCCCUAGAAUGUUAAAUUUGAACUGUGCGUGUAUGUGUGUGUGUAAGGAUUAGACUGUAUUUUCCCAUAAUUUUGAGGCUUAAAGCCACUUUCCUUGCUGUCUCUUUAUUUACCUCUCCCGAGCACUUUUCUGUCCCCUCC